GCUUCAAGCCCAGAUCCAACCUCAAAAAUCUCUCCUGCUUGACUUACCACUUCUCACUUCAUUUCACGUAAAUCCGUCAUCAAAUUUGCACUAUAUAUAUGCUUGGUUUGAGCCACAUUUGGCAGACAAAACCAACCAAAAAAAACCAUAGUAGUAGCAAAGUUUGCAACCACGCACAAGCAAAAGAAGAUACUUCACUAGCUUUCUACGUGCAUGCAGCAACAUGAAGGUUAAGGUCGAGAGCUCGAGGAUUGUCAAGCCGUUGUACGACGCGGCGGCGCCGGCGCCGGAGUGGAUGCCGCUGAGCGUGUUCGACACGGCGACGUACGACGAGAGCAUCGCCAUCAUCUACGCGUUCCGGCCGCCGAACCCGCCCAGCGCGGCGAUGGAGCUCGGCCUGGCGCGGACGCUGGCGGUGUACCGGGAGUGGGCGGGGCGGCUCGGCGUCGGGCCCGACGGGCGGCGGUCGGUGCUGCUCAGCGACGCCGGCGCGCGGCUCGACGAGGCCGCCGUGGACGCGCCGCUCGCCGCGGCGGCGCCGUUCAUCAUCAGGAGGCGGCCGUCGCCGGAGGUGAAGCGGCUGCACCCGAGCGUCGACGGCGCCCCCGCGGAGGAGGAGCUGCUGCGGGUGCAGGUGACGCGGUUCUCGUGCGGGUCCAUGGUGCUCGGCGUCGCGGCGCACCACCGCGUCGCCGACGGGCAGGCCACGGCGGGCUUCCUGGUGGCGUGGGGGCUCGCCACGCGCCGCGGCGGGCUGCUGCCCGCCGUGGGCGUCCCCGUCCGCGACCGCGCCACCCGGUUCGUGCCGCGGGACCCGCCGCUCGUCGAGUUCCCGCACCGCGAGACGGAGUACAAGGCGCCGCCGCCUCCGGCCAAGAUCAAGAGCGGCGUCGCCGGCGAGGACGACGACGACGACGAGCUCGGCGCGGCGCCGGCGCACGACAAGAUCAAGAUGCACAAGGUACACUACACCAAGGACUUCGUGGCGCGGCUCAAGUCCCGGGCCUCGUCGGGGCUCCCGCCGUCGCGGCGCGGGCGUGGCUACACCACCUUCGAGAGCCUCGUCGCCCACCUCUGGCGCGCGGUGACCGCGGCGCGCGGGCUCGGCGCCGCCGCCACCACCACCAGGGUCCGCAUCGCCGUCAACGGCCGCGCCCGCAUGCGCCCGCCGGUGCCGCGCGACUACUUCGGCAACCUGGUGCUCUGGGCGUUCCCGCGCUGCGACGCCGGCGAGCUCGUCGCGCGCCCGUCGCACCACGCCGCGGAGCUCAUCCACCGCGCCGUGGCGGGCAUCGACGACGCCUACUUCCGCUCGUUCGUCGACUUCGCGUCCUCCGGCGCCGUCGAGGCGGAGGGCCUCGUCCCCACCGCCGACGCCGGCGAGGUGGUGGUGUGCCCGGACAUGGAGGUGGACAGCUGGCUGGGCAUGAGCUUCUACGACCUCGACUUCGGCGGCGGCUGCCCCCUGUACUUCAUGCCGUCCUACCUCGCCAUGGAAGGCACCAUCUUCCUCGUCCCCUCCUUCCUCGGCGACGGCAGCAUCGACGUCUACGUGCCACUCUUCGAGAACCAUCUAGAAGAGUUCAAGAAGAUUUGCUACAACAUCGCCUAGCUUUAGUUACUAGCUAUACUUGCCACUAAAAAGUUAAUCACAAAAUAAUACUGCUUAAUAAAGGUAUAAUUAAUAAUAGCAAGACUAAUAAUAUAACCGGCUACUUAUUGUAUAGAUCUUUAUAGUCUAUCUCUCAACUUACUCAGAUAGUGGUUAACUCUUUACUAUAAAUAUAUGGUCCACAUGUCAGUCUCACAUAUUUUUUU